AUGGAGGUGAAGAUGGCGGUGGAGCGCGCAAGGUGGGCCGCGACUGGCGACGGAGAGCCGCGCUCUGGUGGAGCGCUGGGGUCGCGGGCGGCGGCUGGUUGCGGACAGUGGAGGCGAUGUGGUGGACGGCACUGUCUGGCGGGCGGCGAUGGGGGCUGGUGGAGGUCCGCUGAGUGGCGGCGGUGGACCAGAGAGAAGAGAGAUGGGAGAGCUGCGGCGGUAGGCUGCUGCGUGAUGGGGGUUGCGGCGCAACUCAUGGAAGUUCCCAAUACCAUGUGGGGAUUUCGCUCAUCAUCAACAUUAGCGAACAUAUUUCUCCUUCUCUUAGUUGCCAUGAUCUUUUCAGUAAGCCAUGUUUCAGCUUCUAAACAAUUUAAAAAUGAAACUGAUCGUCUUGCUCUGCUUGAAUUCAAGAAGCAGAUAUACAAUGACCCGUCUGGAGUGCUGAACUCCUGGAACCAUUCACAACACCAUUGCCAGUGGGAAGGAGUCACAUGUGGUACUCGACAUCAAAGGGUGAUAGCCUUGACUCUACGGCAUAAGCAGUUGUCUGGACCCAUUUCUCCUCAGGUCGGAAAUCUAAGCUUCAUGAGGUUCAUCCAACUUGGGGAGAAUCAAUUCCAUGGUGAGAUUCCCCAAGAAUUUGGUCGCCUCUUCAGGCUAAGAGUCUUGAACCUGUCAAAUAACGCACUCGGAGGAAAAAUCCCAGCAAACCUGAGCUACUGCUCAGAGUUGAUAAAUAUUAGCAUACAUGACAACAAGCUAGAAGGGAAAAUUCCGAUUGAUCAGCUAAGCAGUCUGCAGAAGCUUGAAUAUUUUAGCCUUCGCACAAACAAUUUGACAGGAGAGAUUCCCUCCUCCAUUGGUAACUUAUCGUCAGUGAUUGGGCUCGCUCUCGACUUCAACAACCUGGAGGGAAAGCUGCCUAUGGAGAUGGGGCUCUUAAGAAGGUUAGCUCAAUUAUUUCUUGGAGCAAAUAAACUCUCUGGUAUAAUCCCUGCCUCCAUCUUUAAUAGUUCAGCUGUUAUGAUCAUUUCAGUAGCCGACAAUUACUUUCAUGGCAAUCUCCCAAUUAACAUGGGUCUCACCCUACCAAAUCUGGGAGAAUUAUUUCUUGGGAUAAAUGAGUUCUCUGGAAACUUUCCAAUUUCAAUCACCAAUGCUUCUGGGCUGGAGGUACUUGAUCUUUCCAGCAAUAAGUUUGCAGGCCAAGUUCCAACUAAUUUAGGAGAUCUGACACAACUUAAAUUAUUAAAUCUUGAAAGAAACCUCUUCGGCGGUAAUUCAACUGGAGACUUAGAUUUUAUUGCAUCAGUGACCAACUGCAGUGAUCUAAGCACUUUUUCAUUGAGUUACAAUAAUUUUGGAGGUAAUAUACCUAAAGUCGUGGCCAAUCUCUCAAAUCAACUCACUACAUUGUACUUGGGAGAUAACCAACUGUCAGGAACCAUUCCACAAGGAUUUGGAAACUUUGUCAACCUAAUUCGACUUGGCCUUGAAGAAAACUAUCUUUCAGGGGUCAUUCCAAGAGAUUUUGGCAAAUUACAAAAUUUGCAACUUCUCAGUCUAAGCCAAAAUGAGUUGUCAGGGCAGAUAGUCCCCACCCUAUGUAACGCCACCGGUCUAUCCGAGCUGGACUUGUCAACCAACCAGUUUGAAGGGGGCAAUAUAUUUGACAAUGUUCUUAUGAACUGUCAAAAUUUGCAAUAUCUGGAUAUAUCUCAAAACAACUUCACUGGAAUUAUAUCACCACAUUUUCUGGAGACGCACUCAUCACUGAUUGCUAUGGUAUUAAGUGAAAAUUCUUUCACUGGUUCUCUACCUCCUGAAGUUGGGAAGCUUGUACAUUUGGUGAAUUUCUCGGUUUCCCACAACCAACUUGCUGGAGCUAUACCCAUCUCACUUGCUGACUGUUCAGAGCUGGAGAAUCUUUAUAUGGAAGCCAAUUUUUUCCAAGGAACAAUUCCACCAAAUUUGGCUUCUUGGAAGAGCAUCCAGAAAUUAGACCUUUCAAGUAAUAACUUGACCGGUCCAAUACCCAGAGAACUUGAGAAGCUUCAAUAUUUGAGAAUUGGGGUUCCCUCCUUGCCCAGUGAUUAA